AUGUUGAAGAGAUAUUUGGCUACACUGAGACCAGAACUACAAGCAUUUGCUGGCAGAAUGGCCGGAGUUAGAGCAAUAUCUCCGUUGACGUUAAAUGCUGUUCGUUCUUUCAGUAACAACUCCACUGCCCCAUCUCUUUCGUUCUUCCAGAGGGAAAGACUUCCAGCUAACACUGUAAUCAGAUUUGUCCCUCAGCAAACAGCAUGGAUUGUGGAAAGAAUGGGGAAAUUUAACAGGAUAUUGCCACCAGGUAUAGCAUUUCUUAUCCCAGUGCUUGAUAAGAUUACCUACGUUCAAUCGUUGAAGGAAAAUGCCGUGGAAAUCCCUUCGCAGAAUGCUAUCACAGCCGACAACGUGUCUCUUGAACUAGAUGGGAUCCUUUACAUUAGAGUCAUUGACCCAUAUAAGGCAUCUUAUGGAGUUCAAGAUUUCCAAUUCGCCAUUUCCCAGUUGGCACAGACCACCAUGAGAUCCGAAAUUGGUUCAAUGACCCUUGACGCUGUAUUGAAAGAAAGACAGCAGUUGAACCAGAAUAUAAAUAGAGCCAUCAAUGAGGCAGCACGUGAACAUUGGGGUGUUGAAUGUCUCAGAUACGAGAUUAGAGAUAUUCACCCACCUCAGAACGUCUUGGACGCAAUGCACAGACAAGUCUCUGCUGAACGUUCCAAAAGAGCAGAAAUCUUAGAAUCUGAAGGUACCAGACAGUCUAGGAUCAAUAUCGCUGAGGGUGAAAAGCAGUCUGUGAUUUUGCAGUCUGAAGCUCAAAGAGAACAGCAGAUUAACGCUGCUCAAGGUGAAGCUCAGCUGAUCUUACUUAAAGCUGAUGCCACUGCUUUAGGAUUGGCUAAAGUGGCACAAGCUAUCAAAGAGACGCCAGGUGGUGACAAGGCUGUCUCGUUGCAAGUGGCACAAGAGUAUGUCAAAGAGUUUGGUAAAUUGGCCAAGGAAUCCAAUACUGUCGUCAUCCCAUCCAACUUGGGAGACAUGGGUAAUUGGAUGGCCAGUGGGUUGUCUAUCUACGAAAACUUGAACAAGACAAUCACCAAGAAGUAA